AUUACCGUAGCGCUGUAAUUGAAAUGUGUCUUUCAUGUGUACACUGAGCACUGAUUUAAUAGAGCGGUCAAAUGCUUUUGAAGCGCUCAGCAAGGCGAGCUCUGCUGUAUGUGGCCCUGCGGUCAUUAGCAAUCAGAGCAGUUCAGCUGUUCAUCAAAAGUACUUGGUUAUUCUCAUAACCUUUAGUUGUCACUUCUAAAGCACAGUGUUACGGCAAGACGCGUGCGUCUAAAUAGGCAACCACCGGUGGCAAGUGCGCUUCCGAAGAAAAACUCAACCAAUGAAGCAAAUGAAACUCAUUUGCCAUCAGAAAAGUUUUUCUGAUGACAGCCUGAUAAUCGGCGCCAAAGACUUUCCGGGUCUACAGAUCGGUGACAUUGUAGAAAUAUACCUCCCUGAUGACACUUUCAGCCGCUUACUGCUGCAAGUGACGUCACUGAAAGAAGACUUUCAGAAAGAUGCAAUUAGCGUGGAGCAAAGCCUCGCCAAUGCCUUCCAGCUCAGGGUGUAUGCUGAUGUCAUUGUUAACAAGGUGGACCCAAGGGAUGUGGCUCUUGAUUCAGUUGAGCUUGUGUUUAAAGACCACUAUCUGGCUCGCAGUGACAUGUGGCGUUGGAAGCAAGCUAUGGUGAGUUUGCCCACUAUCAACACGUGUGUUUACACCAAAAAGCUCAUCAAGAUUCAUUCAAGCAUGUCCCCGUGCCAGCCUUUUGAGGGGGGCAAGUGUACCGCAGUCUCAGGAAAGCCUUUGAUGUGGCUCCAGGUAUAUGAAAUGUGGGCUCACGGAGAGCAGGUAGCCUCGGGAGUCAUUACGGCUGACACCAAGAUUGUCUAUCGCUCGGCCAGCAGCAUGGUGUACCUCUUCAUUCAGAUGAGUUCUGAGAUGUGGGACUUUGACACCAAUGGUGACCUCUACUUUGAGAAGGCUGUCAAUGGCUUCCUGUGUGACCUUAUUGCGAAAUGGAAGGAUAUGAAGUGCAAUCAUGACAUCAACAUUGUGCUCUUCUCACGGGUCUUCUAUGAAGCCAAGAGCAAAGAGCAGUUUCCAGAACACAUGGCCCAUUGCGUGCAAGUGGAUUACAAGGGACGCUUCUACGAAGACUUCUAUAGAGUUGCUGUCCAAAACGAGCGCAUCGACGACUGGACGCAGACAUUACGGCUACUCAAAACAUAUUUUAACGAAUACCCGAAGCAGAUUCUUGAGCACCAUCACAGGCCAAAUGUCAGGGUGCCCACUGCCGUGAACUCGACUGCGUCUCAGGGGAACUUUCUCCAAGUGCUCAACAUGUCUCUAAAUGUUUUUGAAAAGCAUUUUAUGGAUCGAAGCUUUGACCGCACUGGCCAGCUUAGUGUUGUCAUCACACCCGGUGUUGGUGUCUUUGAGGUUGAUCGAGACCUCACCAACAUUACAAAGCAACGUAUCAUUGACAACGGAAUCGGAAGUGAUCUUGUGUGCCUUGGUGAACAACCCUUGCAUGCAGUGCCACUAUUCAAGUUUCAGUCAAAGCAUCCAACAGGCUUGGAUAUGAAGGAUGACUACAACAUGCCUCACUGGAUAAACCUGAGUUUUUACUCAACGACACCUGCACAGUUUUACUCAAAGUUUGUACCCCGCAUCAAACUUCCCACUCCUCAGCCAAAGCCUAGCCACGUGAAAGCACUUGGAACAGGAAUGUACGCAUGCCGUAGUCAGCCUCCUAUACGCGCCUCUGACAGCAUCUCCGUGGUGUACGACUAUGAUGAAUAUGACGCCAACAUCUUCAAGGGAUGCUCCCCAAACCAAUCUGGGCCAAAGAUGAGCACACUGCAAAGAGCCAACAUGAGGCGCUGUUCUCAUCUGCCAACACCCCCACGACCCCUGAAUCAGGACGACGACACCUCGUCAUCUCCAACCUAUUCCAGCGGAUCGUCCCAUUCACGUUCGGGUGCCAUAUCGAUCCCCCGCCGAGGGGCUUCAUGUUACGCCAGAUCUCAAGCAGCGUCGACUCUUGGGAAUGACGGGACAGCUGUAGCUGUGUGUGACGUGGAGAAGCCACGAGUACUGGCAUCUAAGGAGAACUUGGAGUUUGUGGUGUCACCACCUCACCGGACAGUGGUCGGCAGUGCCGGCCAGGUUCCCGAGGCACUGCAGGAAAGGCAGAAGACGCCCCAGCAGCCCAGGGCCCUCAUUAAUCCCUUUGACCCCUCACAGGUGACAAUCAAGCUGACGUCAAACCGCCGUCGGUGGACGCACGUGUUCCCACUGGGACCAACUGGGAUUUUCAUGCAACAGCAUCACUACCAGGCCAUACCACACAGUUCGAGUCGGAUGAUGAUUCAUAAUCAAGAGCUCUCUACACACCCGGAAAAACCUGCGAUGGACGUCCCGAACAAGAAGGCUGCUAAAGACGUUCAUGUGAGACCACGAGUAGUGUUCCCAUCAUCUCUUGGCAAUGAGACACCCAUCGCCAAGACAGGGCACAGCUGGUUGUGGGGCACAACUGGUGAACAGGAGUGGACACCAGCUCUAACUACAGGUGUCGACUGGAAGAGCCUGGUGAUACCCGCCUGUCUGCCCAUCACUACAGAUUUCUUCCCGGACAAGCACAGCCUACAGUACGACUAUGUCGUGUCUGACUACAGCCUUCUGCCCGAAGAACACAACUCUGAGAUCAACCAAAUAAGGUGUUAUCGAGGAGAGGAGGACUACAAGCACCACAAGCCGCUGACUACACUUCAGGUUUACCAGGAACUCAUCUGUCAACGAUUGCAGCAGGGCUUUCAGAUCAUUACACUGCCUAAAAGCCAGCACACUGCCAAUGGUACGCAGCACUCAUCGAGCCACAGUGUUCUCAGAGGGCAUGCACCUGUCAAUGAGGAAAAGGAGGAGUGCCGGAUGAGCAUUGGCCGAAUAUUCCACACAAUAGCAUUAAAUGGGCCAGUGAUAACCGUCACCCAGUACAGACCCAGGCAUGCUUCACGAGAGGUUCAGCCCAUUCAGUACGUGUACAACUUCCAGCCACCGGGAAGCACCUUGUACGACAUCUCGCGAGUGAUCUUCUCAAGCGAGAAGCUCGAGACGUUCAACUGGAGCUACCUUGACCAUUACAUCUGCAUUCGCGGAGAACGGGAGUACGGUCUCAAGGAGGCUCUUAAGUACUGGCGACUACGCAUGCUGUUGCUGCCCGGCUCUCAAGCAGCAACGCGCAAAAUCAUCGACAGUAAGGAUGCCAAGUGCCGUUGCGACAUCUAUCCGGACUUCACCGCCACUGAUGAGGCAAUUCAGAGAGAGGCUUUUGUCAAGUUCCUCGAAAUCAUGAAUCGAAUCCGCUGGCCAGCCAACACGAGGCGCUCCAAGUCUGUUGGAGCCUGGGUGCGAGCUUCAAGUAACCCUAUGCGGCUGAGCAUUAGCCACCAGGGGUCGCCACUCACAACGUCUCCGCAGUCAGGUCCAGUGUCUGCGAUAGCGGCUGGUGCAUUUCGUGACAGGGUGUCAAGCAACCGCAUUCACGACCGACCACGCAGUCUCCACACAGAGCAUCUACGUGCCGACGUAAUGCCAGUCGGCAAGAUGACUCCAGCGACGGACUCUGACAGUAAGAAGGAUGGGUCCAAUUCCUCUCUAGAAGCCACACCAGAGUCUGUUGCUGGAGAAUCUUCAGAUGAGAAGCUCAAUGCUGAAGUGAAAUGCCUGACUGUGGUGACGCCGCCUGGCGAAAUUGUGGAAGCAAUGAAAAAUCCCAGUGACGGCAUCUGCUUUCUGCCCAAGCAAGGCGGCAUUCCUCAGAACUCUUUCAUUAGUGUUGAAGCUACGACAUGGGUUCGAGACCACGUGGAAGGCGUUCACUCCGACCACGACGCCAUUCAGCUGCUUCAGAAACUUAUAGAAGAGUCUUACAUCUGCCAUGCAUCUGGAGAUGUGAAGCACCCAUUCGUCAACGGCUUUUACAUUUACUAUUUCCCAGAAAAGAAUGCCAAAGAAAAUUACGAAGUGGAUCUGGAAGCCUACCAACACGAGUGGAUCGAAGUGGAGCUGCUGCCUCAGAAUGAACACACCGGAAGCGCGAGCGAGUUGGAAAGCGCCGAAAUUGAUAUCGGCAAGAGACUGCAGUUCCGGAACGUCAAUGUUGACAUCGAUGUUGGCGGUCGCAGUGACAGGCCUGAAUGGGGUCAGGCGCAGUACCACACCAUAUUCCAGCCAGGAGAAGCAUUUGAGAUCAUUGUUGAGUGGAUGGUUGCAACUGGUUACAUAAUUGCUGAUCUGGUGCUGGGUUGGGCACGCAAGGCCAACAGCCAGGGUCUUCAGUUGGUGCCCAUUCCGAGCGACCCAUUUGUAUUGCCGGAGUCACCCAAAUCCGACCCCUUGCGGGGCGCCAUCUUUAUGCCGCUGCACAUUGGCGUGCUUGACAACCCUGCCUCUCAGCUGCUACGAGGUGGGGCCCUGGAGCAGUUUCAAGAGUACGUGGCACAUCGGUUUGGCUUCAUCACACUGAGGGACCUGCAGUCCACAGUGGAGCACCGCACUUACGUGCACACGACGGGUGGCAUGUUCCUCAUGAUACCUCGGAGCAGUCACAGCCGCAAACCUAGUCCACAAGAGGAAACUGACAAGACGCUAGACUACAUCUGCUGUGAAGCUGAUGUGAUGGAACACUGUUUAAAACACUGUGAAGAACCUGCGGCACCUUAUACAAAUAGAAAGGUGGGCUUCCUGUGGUCAUACAACUACAUGAUCACCAAACGUUGGAAGAACACAGCCACCAUUGACGAGCAGUUUAUGCGGGGCGUGAUGCAGGACUUCCGCGCCCUCUGCAGCAACCAGGAGGGCCGACUUGUCGAAGCCUUCGAAGCAUGGCUGUGCACGUGGUGCGCCGGUGCCAUGCAGGGAAAUCAUGCAGCAGAGCUUUUUCCACAGAUCGAGCAGUGAAGAAAGAGGCUGUAGGCCAAGUCAUGCUUGACUUGCUGCCUUGUGUACAUAAUUAAUGUAUACAGUGUAUAGAUAUGCUAGUGUUUUCAGCUGACUUAAUAAGUUUGUAAUAAAGAC